CUUUUUUUUUCAACCAUAACUUCUCAUGUAUAAAUAACAAACCAAGAACCCAACAUUAUUCAUUCAUUCACCGGGGUUAAUGGCGCUCCGAAACGCCAUAACAAAGCGUCUCUACAAACACCUUCUUCCCUCAUCUCAAAAAUCAUUACCAAACUUUCACCACCACCUUUUCUCGUCUCCGGAGACAUCUUCUUCCACCACAGACUCCAUCUUCUUCCGAAAACAAACAAACCGAUCACCGAGGUUUAACCAGCCAGACUUCUUUUAUAUUCCUGUUGGAGAGAAGUUGAACAUCUCUGACUGUGAUCCCAUGACGAAGAAUGCACCAUUUGGUUCGGGUUCAGGUGGAUUGUCGGUGAGUGAUGCGAGGAAGAUGGUGAGGUGUUUACAGUUGCAGAAUGUGAGAUCUGCUGUGAAGAUGAUUCAGGCGAAUUCGAUUAGUUAUGCUGAAUUCGUUAACGUUUGUAUGGACACGUGUGGUAAUCGCGAUCAAGGGGUAGAGUUUGCGAAAGUGUUGGAUGUCUCCGGAGAUGUUAUUGUUUUGGGGAAUGUUGUGUUUCUCCGGCCCGAUCAGAUUGCAAAAUCAAUGGAGAGAGUAAUUUCACAAUCUAUGACAAUGCCAAACGACCCAUGGAAACAAGAACUUGAAGAACUAGAACGACAAAUGGCGUUGAUCGAUCAAAAAGCAAUAUCCCUAGUUCGAUGUGAGCUCUAUUGCGGGCUUGGAUUGUUAAUCCUACAAACAUUAGUGUUCAUGAGAUUAACAUUUUGGGAACUAAGUUGGGAUGUAAUGGAGCCAAUUUGCUUCUUUGUCACAUCUUUCCAUUUUGCACUUGCUUACAUGUUCUUCUUGAGGACAUCAAAAGAGCCAAGUUUUGAAGGUUAUUUCCGACAACGAUUCAGGGUGAAGCGAAGGAAGCUCAUGCGCACUCACAAAUUCGAUUACAAAAGAUACAACGAGCUUUGUAACUUUGUUUACCCGAAUUACCAAGGUAAACUUGUUUUUUGUAAUUAACAAAGAAGGUACUGAAAGCAGAGUCAAAGAAGGUGGAAAAGCACGCGAAAGCUUGUGAGUAUAAUCAGCAUGACUUUGUCCCCCUGGCGUUUGACACGUUCGGCUCCUUGGUGCCGGAGGCGGUUUGGUUCUUGGCUAGAGUUCAGCAUGUGGUCCACAACAACUUUUCGACCCCUCAGGGGCGAGGCUUUGUUUUUAGUAGAUUAGGGUUUUCUAUUCAGAAGGGGACGCAGUUUGUUGCAUGUCUACCUGCUAUCCUUAUGUAAUUUGCUCUGUUGAUAUAAUAAAUUGAUGGAGGAUCUUAUAUGUCAAAAAGAAUAUAAGGUGGUCAAA